UUGUGGCUGGCAAAACAGUGGAAGUAAAGGUUGUGAAUUUAUUUAAAGCAAAAUUGUAAAGCUGUUACUGGAGGUAUAGUCCUGCUGGCCUCACACCAGAAAAAUAAAAAAUAACUGAACUGAACUUUGAAACUAAAGGAAAAAAAAUGCAAAUUACUGCAUCCAACCUAACAACAAGUAAUUGUCGGGUUUGCUUAGAAUUGCCAGAGGAAGUGUUAGAUACAAACGCAAUAUAUAAUAAAGAAGAAAACCUGACUUAUGCGGAUUGCUUCCUUAUAUGCACCCAAAUAGAUUUAACAGCCGAUGAUGAUUUACCUCAAAACUUAUGCAAGCCCUGCGCCCUUGAACUACAAUUGUCUUACGAUUUCUACACAAAAGUUGAAGCUUCAAAACGACUACUUCAACAAUAUAAGCAACGAUCCCAGCUUUUGCCGAAUGCAGAUUUCAACAAAGGUACUUCUCAUAAAAGUGUAGAUAAUACAAAGUUUGUGGCCAAUACCUCCACUUCACCAGAACAUCCACAUGAAAUGAUACAACAAAUUGAUGAAAUAUUAAUAAAUCAAGGUCCAAUUGAAUCAAUUGAUGAAGCAUUCGUUCGGUGUGAAACAGAAAAUGACGAACUUGAAGAGUAUUUAGAGGCAGAAGAAUUUCAAUCCUUGGAAGAAUUAGAAGAUGAAGACGAUAAAACAGAAAUAGCGAAUGAUUACGAUGAUGUUCCGGUAACCUUGGACACUCAUUUUAAAAUUGUCGAGGAUAUAACAAUUCAAAAAGAACAGAAUGGCAAUGAAUUAGAUAAAACAAGAGGUCGAGAUCUGAAACCGGUUUUAAAAGUAACAAGUAGUGUAGCAAAUCACUCGGCCGCGAUGCUGGCGGUGUCCGAUAAACCUGAAAAAAAAAUUCACAAUUGUCCAGAAACUAAAGGAGAGGUAAACAGUCAAGUUCCUUCAUCUCUUAAUAAACGUAUACGCCAUAUCGGUAGAUAUGAAUGUUACUAUUGCCGGAAAUCAUUUCCAAACUAUUCACGCAUGACUGUACAUCAACGUUCGCAUGAAGCAGACCGGCCUAAGUUCAGUUGCGAGUUUUGUGGUCGCAUGUAUUCUACCAAACAAGCCUUAGAAGUGCAUAUACGUGCAAUACAUAUUAAAAGUGGCUUCCCGUGUACGAUUUGUGGUAAAAUAUUUCCGGUGAAGAAAAGCCUUGAGAUUCACACGCGUUAUCAUACAGGCGACUUUCCUUAUGUCUGCGAUUUAUGUGGGCGAAAAUAUGCUCAAAUGUGUCAUUUGAAUACUCACAAAAAAAUUAAACAUGAUAGCGUGCGGUUUAGCUGCGACUACCCUGAUUGUGGAAAAUAUUUCACGUCGUCUAACUCUUUACGAAAUCAUGAGUACACGCAUCACAAUAUGAUGCCCUUUGAAUGUGAAUUUUGCCAGCAAGGAUAUCCGGCUAAAGCAAAACUAAAGGUGCAUAUUAAGCGAAAACAUGGUCAGGAUAUGAGCAAAGAGCAAUUAGAAAAUAUGCGCAAAUUUCAUGUUAUGCGCUCCAAAGUUAAUUUUGUAAAGGUGAUUCAUGUCAACGAUAUUUAAUAUUAAAGAAAUUAUAAAUAAAAUAGAUGUCGAUGUAUUGGGUUUAAUCAAUUUCACCUCCGGACGAUUAUCUCGAUGAAUUAUGGGUACAAAUUAGCAAAAAAAAACUUCAAACUAAUCUAGCUAGGAAUUAAGAUUCCGAACAAGAAUUUUUUCAAACGUUUUAUUUACCUGCUUUACCCAAGCACAAGUUUUUAUGCUCGGACACGAAAGGGGACUUUUCUGAUUCCAAUUCAAAUAUCUGCCAAUGACUUCGCGUAGAAAACAUUUUUUUUUAUAA